ACUGCCUCGAGUUGUAGGAACGAAUUGAUUAAUGUGAAAAGCAUCCGUGCAUCCCCUGGCAACUAAUUAGCUCGGCUCCCAUAUUAGCGACAAUCGGUGCAGUCGGUAGACUCGACAUUGACCCACUUUCGGGUUACAUUUUUGGCAGAAAUGUGUUUUUGGCAAAAACAGCAAUGGGUGAGAGCUUCCAUCGUUGGUUCAGGUCAAUGCACAUGAGUCGCCGAGUGUAGCAUGUUUUUUCUUCGCUAUUGUUGUGCCAUGUGGGCGAUUAUACUGAUGAUGAUGAGGUUGACGAUGCCGAUGCCGGUGGUUUGGGUGGGCGGCCUGAAUUACCAUAUCAAAACAAUGCCCUGGAAAAAUUCGAGCCAAUAAAAAAGGGCAUUAUGCAAUCGCCGGUCUGUCUGUCUGUCUGCCUGCCUGCCUUCUAAGGGAAUAGCAACCAAUUUGCCAAAUGCGAGUUGGUUUUGUUUUUUUUUGGCACACGGGCAAGGUGAUAAGUUGGGGUGUACUCCGCAUUAGAGGAUUAGUUUGUGCCCAUCCCGCCGAGCGUGCAGAAGUCUUUCGGCAAUCGAAUCGCGUUUCAAACAUGCAACUAUUUCUUCUACUCCUUCUGGGAGCCUUGGGCUAUUCGUUGGCCUAUCCGCGCAGCUAUAGUUACGAGUAUCCCCGUCGAAGGUCCUACUCUGCCUCGAACGCCGGCAGUUCGUACAACUCGCUAGGCAGCCGGAAAGCCAGGGAGGAAAGUGCCACCACCAACAAGUCGGACAAGGAGAAUGCCAAGUUUGCCGGGGCUUCCAAUCAGGAGCUGGACGAAUCCGGUGACGAACGCACAUUGCUGCUCAAAAAGAAGCUGAAGAGAUUGGCGAGACCAUACUUGGGCGGAUAUGGCGGAUAUGGUGGAUACGGAGGAUACGGUGGAUAUGGCGGAUAUGGUGGAUAUGGAGGUGGUCCCUGUGGCCCUUUUGGACGUGAUGCCAAGGCUGGUCAGAAGGAUCCCGAUGAGCAGGGACGCUUUCUGUUCGACGUGAAUGUGGUGAAAGUCUAUCCCGGCGGAUGUCGUGGUUACGGAGGAGGUGGCCUCGGUGGCCUUGGUGGCCUUGGCGGAGGUCUCCUGUCCGAUCCCCUUCCCCCAGUUCAACCCAUUCCAGUGCCAGUGCGUCCAUAUGCUCCUUUUGCCACCUGGCUGUCGCUCUUUGCUCCGGGAAUUCUGAACUCUGCCACGGUGCCUGGUGUUCCCCUUAGAGAUCCACUAAGAGAUCCCGUUCGUCCGGCUGGGGAUCCGCAGAGCGAUCCUGAGGUGGAUCCCGCCUAUGCGGCACCACCUCCAGUGCGACGACCGGUUCCCAAUCGUGUCUACUACGAUUCUGCCGGAGCGCCUCCUGUGACACCUGCUCAAUUAGUUGGAGGCGUGGCCACCACCGUAAACGGAAUUAUUCAGCAAUUGACGGGUCAGGUGCAGCCAGUGUACCAAACGGGAGCCUAUCGGUCAAGGGAUCAGCGAUCGAGGGAUCAGCGAAGCAGCUACGGGUAGUCAGCUCUAAACGAAUUAUCAAGUAGCGAUAUAUUUAAAAAGUACAUAGGUUUAAGAAAUAAAAUAAGAACGAUUUUUUAUACAAUUUAUUUAAAAAAGUUUUUGAA